AUGGGUGCCGGCAUCUUCGCCGGCAUCCGCGCCGGCAUCUUCGCCGGCAUCCGCGCCGGCAAUUGCCGCCCCCUUGCCCAGCCCCCAGCCCACCAGCGACCAAGUGUGGUGAACAAUUACGGCAUCAACGGUGAUAAGAAGGCCAAAAGGACUGUUGAGAAGAAUGCUGUCAUCAAGAAGGUCUGGAAUUACAAUGCUCGCAGGACGGCCCUGUUCGGCAUCUUGGUUAUCAACCUUAAUGCCAAACAGGGCCGCCCUGCUAGUGAAGCUGACACUGCAGCCAGUGAAUCUUGA